AUGAGCAAGAUCUCCGACUUUGGCCUCCUCUCCUUCGACGUCUACGGUACUCUCAUUGACUGGGAGACUGGCGUUCUAAAUGGCCUCAGGCCCCUUCUCCAGUCCAACAAUGCCGAAAUAUCUCGCGAAGAUCUCUUGAAGAUCUAUCAUGAGGCUGAAGUUGCUCAACAGGAAAAGACUCCUGACAUGAAGUAUUCUGAGCUUCUGACUACCAUCCACCCUCAUGUUGCAGAGCGUCUCGGCUUCUCUAAGCCCACAUCUGAACAAAACAAGGCCUUUGGCGAUUCAAUUGGAUCAUGGCCAGCAUUUCCUGAUACUGUUGAUGCUCUUCGUCGUCUCGGCAAACAUUACAAGCUCGUUGUUCUGUCUAAUGUCGACCGCGAAUCCUUCUCCGGCAGCAAUGCAGGUCCUCUUCAGGGCACCCCCUUCGACCUGAUCAUCACUGCACAAGACGUUGGAAGUUACAAACCUAACCUGAACAAUUUCAAGUAUAUGUUGCGGGAAGUAGAGGCCAAGUUUGGUAUUCCCAAGGAAAGGGUGCUGCAGACUGCGCAGAGCCAGUUUCAUGAUCAUCGGCCUGCGAAGCAGAUGGGCAUCAAAUCAAGUUGGAUUGAGAGACCUGGAGCUAGUAUGGGCAACACAAAGGAUCCUUUGUAUGAUUGGAAGUUUGCCACACUUGGAGAUAUGGCUGAUGCGUUGGAGAAGGAACUUGAUAGCAAGUAA